GCUUAUUUCCUGCACUGUCUUCCGCAGGGAAUGACUGAACGUUUAGAAAACUUCGCGGAAAGACAAUGAAGCCAAUAUCAGCUUAUGACAUUAUUGUUAUAUAUUUAUUUGUUUUCUCACAGUUUGUUCGAGGGCUGGAGGAUUGCAGAAGUGGAAUGUAUCCACCUAAAGGACCCACGUUUAAAGGUAAUGUAACCUGGUACACUGUUGAUCUCGAUUUACCUCCUAGUGAGAGAUGGACGCAAGUAAUCAAAGAUAAAAACACAGAGCUGAUCACAAUGGUGCAAACAAUAAAAGACCUGGCCAAGGGCUUUUUUGAUGGAAAACUUGUUGAUUUAGUGGACGAGGAGCUGCCGUUGAUUGUGGAUACACUUCCACAACCUUUCAGUGAUGAAAUUAAGGGAAUAGCAGCUGUUUCUGGCAUCCCUCUAGGUGAAAUUACACUGUUCAAUAUCUUUUAUGAGGUUUUCACUGUUUGCACAUCAGUUGUUGCUGAAGAUUUUAAUGGAAAUAUUUACCAUGCCCGGAAUUUGGACUUUGGACUGUUUAUGGGGUGGGAUCGACAGAAUAAAACAUGGACUUUAACAGAGAAGCUUAAGCCUCUUGUGGUUAAUGUCAAUUUCCAAAGAGGGAACAAAACCGUCUUUAAAUCAACAAACUUUGCUGGAUAUGUUGGCAUACUUACUGGAAUUAGACCUGGUGAAUUCAGUCUAACAAUGAAUGAGCGUUUCAACUUUGAUGGGGGUUAUGUAGGGAUUCUGGAAUGGAUUCUUGGCUGGAGAGAUGGAAUGUGGAUGGGUUUUCUCACUCGGAAAGUUCUGGAAAAUGCUACCAGGUAUUUUGAUAUAUACCAGCUCUCUCAGACUGAACUGCUUGCACCAGCUUACUUCAUCUUGGGUGGUAACGGAACGGGCCAGGGUUGUGUGAUAACCAGGACGAGAAUAAACACAUUAGACAUAUGGGAACUUGAUAUGAAGCUUGGGAGAUGGUACGUCCUGGAAACAAACUAUGAUCACUGGGAAAAGCCUAUGAUAUUUGAUGACCGUAGAACUCCGGCAAUGAAGUGCAUGAAUCAAACCACACAAGCGAAUAUUUCUCUGGCAUCAAUAUAUGAUGUUCUGUCUACAAAACCAGUUCUUAAUAAAUUGACAACCUACACGUCGCUGAUGGAUGUGUCAGCUGGAACUCUGGAGUCCUAUAUCCAUCAAUUCUGA